AUGAUUGUAGUAGCAUCACGAUUAAAAUCACCAUUUUAUAUGAGAGUAGAAAACUCUGAAAUAAAAGUCGGGUAUAUACCUAGAUUAAAAAUAGCGCAUGGAAUUUAUGCGAUAGAAACUAUAGCGGAAGUUAUCUUAGGAAAGACGUAUAUAAAUGUUGUAAGUAACUUGGACGAAGAAAUAGAAGUUCAGGUACCAACCCUACGUCUUAAAUCCUUAUUAUUUGUUGAUCAUGAAGUUGAUGAGGAAGAAAUAAAAGACAAUAUUAAUAAUAAAGAUAAAACGAACAACAAUUAUAACAGCUCGAAGAAAAAUAAAUAUAAACCUGAAGAAAUUGAGGACAGAAAUAAUCCCUCGGACAAAGGAUACCUUGCUGAAGAUGACGAAGACAUAGAAGACAAGGAACAACUAGAUUCGCAAGGACAAAAAAAUAAAAUUGAAGAUAGAAAUAAUCCACCAGACAAAAUAAAUGAUGCCAAAGAUGAUGGAAGAACACGCGACAAGGACGAAGAACUAAACAAGGAUAAACAAAAUCAAAUUCUAA